GGCCCGCGCGGCGGUGGUUUCCGGGCUGUGGGGCUGCGGGCGGGCGGACCGACGGGCCGGGGGCUGGGUCCGGAGUUCAAGGGCUAGGCCUGGGAGUUGGGGGGCAGGUCGAGGGUAGGGGUUCCGGGGACGGGCUGGGAGGAACCUAGUCCUCCCGGAGCGAGCGGCAAGAUGAAUUUCUUUCGCGGGGUGAUGGGGGGUCAGAGCACCGGACCCCAGCCCUCGGGGGCCGAGACGAUACAAAAACUUUGUGACCGAGUGGCUUCAUCGACUCUUUUGGAUGAUAGAAGGGAUGCUGUCCGUGCUCUUAGAUCAUUAUCUAAGAAAUAUCGUUUAGAAGUAGGUAUCCAAGCUAUGGAACAUCUGAUCCAUGUUUUACAGACGGAUCGUUCAGAUUCUGAAAUAAUAGGUUAUGCUUUGGACACACUCUACAAUAUAAUGUCUAAUGAUGUAGAAGAAGAAGAGCAAGAAGACAAUUCUUCAAAACAGAGUGAUGAUUUGGGAGGCCAAUUUACAGAAAUUUUCAUUAAACAGCAAGAGAACGUCACACUUCUUUUAUCCCUCUUGGAGGAAUUUGAUUUUCAUGUUCGCUGGCCUGGAGUGAAGCUUCUUACCACACUUUUAAAACAGCAGGGGCCACAAGUGCAGCAGAUUAUUCUCGUCAGUCCUAUGGGUGUUUCAAGAUUAAUGGAUUUGCUCGCCGAUUCCAGGGAAGUUAUACGUAAUGAUGGUGUCUUAUUACUGCAGGCAUUGACAAGAAGUAAUGCAGCAAUCCAGAAAAUCGUUGCUUUUGAAAAUGCUUUCGAAAGGUUACUAGAUAUCAUCACAGAGGAGGGGAACAGUGAUGGAGGUAUAGUAGUUGAAGAUUGUCUCCUCCUGCUUCAAAAUUUGUUAAAGAAUAAUAAUUCCAAUCAGAAUUUUUUUAAAGAAGGUUCAUACAUUCAGCGUAUGAAACCUUGGUUUGAGGUUGGUGAUGACAAUUCUGGCUGGUCAGCACAGAAGGUGACUAAUCUUCAUCUGAUGCUUCAGCUUGUUCGUGUUCUGGUAUCACCUACAAAUCCUCCAGGUGCUACUAGCUCCUGCCAGAAGGCGAUGUAUCUCUGUGGAUUGUUACAGCAGCUUUGCAUUAUCUUAAUGGCUACUGGUGUUCCUGCUGAUAUUCUGACUGAGACUAUUAACACUGUAUCAGAAGUUAUUCGAGGCUGCCAAGUAAACCAAGACUACUUUGCAUCUGUCAAUGCACCUUCAAACCCACCACGGCCUGCAAUUGUUGUGCUUCUGAUGUCCAUGGUUAACGAAAGGCAGCCGUUUGUGUUGCGUUGUGCUGUUCUCUACUGUUUCCAGUGUUUCUUGUAUAAAAACCAGAAAGGACAAGGGGAAAUUGUGGCAACGCUUCUGCCUUCUACCAUUGAUGCUACAGGUAUUUCGGUCUCCGCUGGUCAGCUAUUAUGUGGAGGCCUCUUUUCUACGGAUUCCCUUUCCAAUUGGUGUGCUGCUGUGGCCCUGGCCCAUGCUUUGCAAGAAAAUUCUACUCAGAAGGAGCAGCUGCUGCGGGUCCAGCUCGCCACGAGUAUCGGCAACCCUCCGGUGUCUCUGCUGCAACAAUGCACUAACAUCCUCUCUCAGGGUGAUAAGAUCGACAGACGGGGGAGCAAAGUACAAACACGAGUUGGGUUGUUAAUGUUGCUUUGUACCUGGUUAAGCAACUGUCCUAUUGCUGUCACACACUUUCUCCACAAUUCAGCCAAUAUUCCAUUUCUUACAGCACAAAUAGCAGAAAAUCUUGGCGAAGAGGAACAGUUGGUUCAAGGCUUAUGUGCCCUCUUGUUGGGCAUUUGCAUUUAUUUCAAUGAUAAUUCACUUGAGAACUAUAUGAAAGAGAAACUGAAACAGCUCAUCGAGAAGAGAAUUGGCAAAGAGAACUUCAUAGAGAAGCUGGGUUUCAUUAGCAAACAUGAACUGUACUCGAGAGCUGCCCAGAAACCACAGCCCAGUUUUUCUAGCCCAGAUCACAUGAUGUUUGAUCAUGAGUUUACAAAGUUAGUGAAAGAACUUGAAGGUGUCAUAACAAAGUCCAUUUAUAAGUCUAGUGAAGAAGAUAAAAAGGAGGAAGAGGUGAAGAAAACAUUGGAACAGCACGACAGCAUUGUGACUCACUACAAAAAUAUGAUCCGAGAGCAGGAUUGCCAGCUUGAGGAAUUAAAACAACAGGUUUCUACCCUAAAAUGUCAAAAUGAACAGCUGCAGACGGCCGUCACACAGCAAGUUUCUCAGAUCCAGCAGCACAAAGACCAGUAUAAUCUCCUCAAAGUACAGCUAGGAAAAGACAAUCAGCAUCAUGGUUCUCACAGUGAUGGAGCUCAGAUGAAUGGCAUUCAGCCAGAAGAAAUUAGCAGGUUGAGAGAAGAGAUAAAAGAAUUAAAAAAUAAGCAAGAACUUUUACAAGCUCAGUUGACUGAAAAGGACUCCUUGAUUGAAAAUUUGAAGACUGCACAGUUAGCGCCUGGGAAAACAGAACAGUCUCUAGAGACUUCUCCAGACGGCGAUCCCGAUCGGACUACAAAACUGCAACGGGAAGUUGAAACACUCAGGGCUCAGCUAAACUCGCAGUCUAUGGAGAUCUCUAAACUACAGAUGGAAAAGCAGGAGCUAUUACAGAAAACUGAAACAUUUGCUAAAUCUGUUCCAGUAUCAGGAGACAAUGGCACCAUAACAGCAGCCAAGCCCACAGACAUAGAGGGCAGACUCUCCGCAUUGGUUCAGGAGACUAAGGAAUUAAAGAAUGAAGUUAAAGCUCUGUCUGAGGAAAAAGCAUCUAUAAAACAGCAGUUGGAUUCAUCAAACAGCACCAUUGCAAUCUUACAGAAUGAGAAGAGCAAACUGCAGCUGGGACUUGCAAAAUCUAGCAAAGAACAGGAUGACCUCUUGGUGCUGCUGGCUGAUCAAGAUCAGAAAAUAAUUUCAUUAAAAAGCAAACUCAAGGAACUUGGUCACCCGGUUGAAGAUGAAGAUGAGGAUGAGCUUGGCUCUGGAGACCAGACUGGUAAUGAUGACAUUGAUGAUGAUGAUGUUGAUGACGACGAUGACGACGAUGAUGACAACAGUGAUGAUGAAGAUGAUCAUCAUAAUGCUAAUGAAGUAGUGGAGGGGUCAGCCUAAGCUUUAAAGUAUCUCUAGAAAUAACAGAUUACCGUGUAAUUUUUAAGAUGGAGCCUCAAAGACAAUACUUUGGUCUGUCUCCAUACAUCAUAAAGAUUUUUAGGAAGCAAAUGGAAAGCAUUCACUAAAAGACUAUUGCCGUGUUUCUGAAAUGAAGCCACCCAUGUUUUUUUGUUUUUUGGUUUUUUUUUUUUAAAAGAAAAAGGCCUAACUAUGGGUAAAACACACAACUCUGUUUGAUUUAAGUUCUUUUGAACUCUUUUAGAAGAUGACCAUCUCUUAGCUUUAGACACCAAAAAUACACCGUUCAAAGCAUGAGGUAGCCGUACAGUUUGCCUUAGUUCCUUGGUCAUUUACAGAAGUCUCUGCAUCUUUCUUUUUAUUUUGAAACUUGUGAUUUUAAGUGCUUAUGUAUUUGAUUUAACAUGUUGAAUUGAGCUCUUGGCCUCCGUGGUCAGCAUUGGUAAUACUCUAAACCUAUGGAUUCUUUUAAGAGCAGGAGCAGGGUAAUUUUGGGGAAAUGGCCGAUUCACUAACGGUGACUCCCAAAAUAAAAACGUUGAGCAGUGUAGGGGGAGUGCCUUUGCAGGUAGAAUGAUUGCAGAGAUGGGAGCCCAACGCACCAGGAGGCAGGGGUACGUCUGUAGAAGCUGCAGGCUGCAAAGUGCGUGGUUUGUGAAGCAGAACACCUCAGUUACAAACAACCCCUGACAGUUCCCAUAGUGCAAGUUAGCUGGUUGUCAUGACCAGUUCCAUGUUCUUGAGUUAAAAAAAAAAGCCAACCCCUCUGAUGUAAUUUAUUGGCUUUUAUACAAGAAGCACCUUGGGGGCAGGGAUUGGGUCUUAUUCUUUUAGCUACAUCCUACCACCCACCCAGUGCCUCACACUGAAAAGGCAGUCACAGGAUGCUUGUUGAAUUGAAUUAAUGUUGAAAUAGGUUUGACCAGUAUAAGAGUUUUAAAGAGUGCAAUAAAAGAUGUCAUUCUCAUGUUUUGGUAAUAAAAAUAGAUAUGUUCACUUAA